AUGCCCCCGAUGUCCCUUAUUUUGGCUUCCAUCAUACUCAUCCUGACCUUAUUUUUGUUCCAGCCUAGCCUCUGUGGCAUCAUGGGUGAGCACGUUCUCGACUGGCUCCGGGACAAAGCCGUGGGAUGGAGUCACACGCCGCCAGUGAACAAGAUCGAUACUCACCAUCAUAUCGUUCCACCAUUCUAUGCAAAGGCUAACCCGACUACAGCCGUGGAACAACAAGGGGGCGACCCCAGUGGCUGGCCCACUCCCAGCUGGAACCCUAUAGCAUCCAAACUGUUGAUGAAGCGAGUUGGCGUGAAGACUGCGGUGCUUUCGGUGACAGCUCCAGGGGCAUGCAUUGCCCCUGACCGUCAAUCACGCUCCCAACUGGCCCGACAAAUGAAUGAAUAUGCGGCAGACCUGCGAGACAAAGACCCCGACCACUUCGCCUUUUUCGUAUCACUGCCCAAUAUACUCGACACUGAGGAUGCGCUUGCAGAAAUUGCUUAUGGGCUGGAUACCUUGCAUGCGGAUGGUGUCACUCUGUUUACGCGCUAUGGCCCUUCCAAUACCUAUCUCGGUCACAGGGACGUGGAGCCUAUCUGGGCCGAACUCAACAGACGAGGCUGUGUCGUCUUCAUCCAUCCCACCCAUCCUGUCGACAUCCGCCCUGUCAACCCAAAACUACCCCAGCCGGCUAUCGACUAUCCCCACGAGACGACCCGCACAGCAAUGGAUAUGAUCACCAGUGGAACCACACUGAAGUACCCAAACUGUAAAGUCAUCCUGUCGCACGCAGGUGGGGCCUUGCCGUAUCUCAUCUCGCGGGUCACGACACCCAUGAAAAGGGCCCCAGACGUUGCAGUCUCAUAUCGCAUAGGAACCACUCAUGACAAGGCGAUGGAAGCAUUCCGUAGCUUUUACUUUGACCUGGCGUUGAGUUCUUCGCCGCAGGUUCUGGAUAUGCUCUUGAAGAUGGUUCCGCACGACCACAUCUUGUAUGGAAGCGAUUUUCCAUACGCACCGAUAACUGCAUACCCAGCGUUUUUAGAAGAGUUGGAGACCUAUGACAUGGAUCAGGAGUUGCGGGACAUGAUCAAUUUCAAGAAUGCUUUGAGGCUUUUCCCGCGUUUGGCGAACCGGACUGGCCCGGCUAUUUAG